CGUUUCUCGAUCAAUUCUGAUCGAAGAAUCGAGUUCCUAUCCUAUUAAUUAAUCAUCUCCAAUUCACUAUUCGAUUCAUUCCUAUCUUUCUCAAGCUUGUCGGCGCCGCUUGUUAGAAGAAACUUGCGAUUAAAGACACACUUUCUCCAGCCCGUGACGAUGAAACGCCUCUGACAAGUUCGAUAUUUUAUUUCGAGUCAAAUAUCCUUCACUAUUUGGUAGUUUCACUUCCCAAUUACAGGUUCUCAAUUGAACCAAUUUGCACAUACUUGAUUUCGGCGAAACCAGAAGGCCUUUUACAGCCAACAUGGCCAGUCACAACUCUCCAUGGGGAAACAAUACCCCGGCAGCUGAUGAUUAUGGUCUACAAAUUAGACCUAUGGGCUUGAAAGUCCAAUACACAUUCGAUAAAGGCUCCCAAGAACGCUGCUUGGCGCGGUGGCCUCAUACUCUUCACGUUCAAGCGAUUCCCUUAGACGAACAGAAUUCAAUUGGAGUGGUCGACCUGAAAACAUGCCUACAGGCCGUUGCUCAAUGCAGCCCCGAACUGGUUGGUGAUAGUGAAAAGGAUUAUACAGUUUACGCCUACGAUUAUUCCGAACCCGAUACUCCUUUGGUUGGACAGGGCAUGCUUAGUUGGGGUCUCGACCAACCAUGUAACCCGUCGGAUCAAGCACAAUUGGUGACAGGGCGUAUCACGAAAAAUGUACUUGCUAUUUUUGGAAAAGGUGCUAGGGAGACUCUUGAGGUUCGACUGAAGUUAACUGCGGUUGCGAGAAUCGCCCGGAAUAAUAGCCAGGCACCGCCCCCGAGAGCCAAUGAUGAACCGACUAUGAGCCAACGAACAUCCACGCCGACUCCUUCGGAGAGUAGCGAAUGGAAUUCCUUCCGCCAAUCCAACCUCAACAUGAACCAGCCCGUAGGACCACCUACCAACAUGGUAACAGCGAUUCCUACGCCGUUUCAAUCUUUUCAGCCUAUCCAACCUCUACCACCUGCACAUUCGAACUAUCAGGCUAGGAAUGAUGUCGUUAGACCAAACAGCCAAGGUCCAGCACCCGCUUUUGGAAGCCGCCCGGGUUCGGCGGGAUCAAGUACGAGAGAACCUCAAGCAUUAAUGCCUACACCACCUACUGGCAUUCCUGAGAUGCAGCAGGGUAUGGUCACUGAGGAAUUGGCCGUGGCACCAGCUCCCCCUAAACCGGCUAAGACCCAAUCGCGGCCUGCUUCUAGAGCAUCGAGUCGCCCUCCCUCAGGAAGACCUCGAGGACGUCCCCGUAAAAAGCCUCUUCCAGCUGAAGGUAGUACAUCCGGGUAUGAAGACGGCACUGAUGCGGACGACGGACCCCCGCGAACUAAGAAGAGAGCUACGACGACUAAAGUACAGCGUAGCAAUACGGCUACCUUUGGAUCAGCAGCGGAAUCACUUCGAGUAGCUGCUAGCACCUCAGGAUCUCUUCGGAAUUUCCGCCCUAUAGCCAUAGCAGGGGAAGCAUCCGCAAGCAAUCCUAUCCAAGAAAUCCCACGAGCUCCGACGCCAGUUCCUGACCAACGUAUGCCAGGCUUCCCUCAAGCCCGGCCCAUGGCUUCAAGCGGUUUAAGACGCGAAUCGCUUUCUGGCCCAGGAAUGGAUCGUUCAUUCACAUCUUCGUAUCUUGACCCCAACCGAUCUGGGUCUUACGGCCCCGAUGCUCGAUCUCCUGCAGAAUCUGCUGGCGUUUCACCCUCUCAGAUGUAUUCUGACGAAGCUAGUCCCGCCGAUAUAGGAUCAUCGCCUCCAGUUCCCCGGUCUGCACGGUAUAGUGUACGCUCCAGCCCGGCCCCUUCGAGUCCCAUCUUACCCCCAAUGCCUUCAGCCGCAAUACAGCCUGAUUCAGGUUAUAUGAGCGGCGGAAUAGAGGACAGCCGACUUGAGGACGAUCGGAUUAGCAUAAUACCCGUAAAUCCUGCGCCUCAAGCUCCUAUUGUGGCCAAACCAAAGCCACGUAAGAGUCGCGCGAAAAAAGCGCCACCCAAGGUUCAAACUGAUCUCAUUAUUCAUACCGAGACGCCCGGACCUCCUGAACUACUACCUCAAACCUCGAUAUAUAACCCUCCUCAUCUUAGCCGAAAAAACAGUGAGCACGCUAGGACGCCGGUAGUGUCUGAGCCUCCUAGUCAGGCGCCCUUUCGUGAAGCUCCAUUAGAAAGGCUAGAGUCGGAAGUGGUUGAGGAACGACAGGCAGAAAAGGCAAUGACGCCAGAAGAAGCUACGCAAGGGGAGAGUGUGAAGUUGGAGAUGAUGUCAAUAAACGAUCUUGGGGAGGAUCCGUCUCAAGAACAUACUGAGUCGCAAAGCCUCGACGACCAAUUGUUUGCUCCACCUGCUGAAGACCUACCCAACCCUGAUGAUGCGCAACCAACCGUGGAGACAACUGAAAGCCGAAUGGAACCACCCGCACUCCCUCAGCCUAGUCAGGAUCUACCUACAGAGCCGGAACUUCCAGCGGUGCCUGCUAGUGACCCAGUUUUUGCCCAAUUGACGUUCCCGGAACCACGAUCAGAGCCAGCUCAUCCUCAGACUGAUAUGAUCGGACCUGCGGAUGGGAAAUCUAAUAAGAACUUCGUGAAAAGGCAAUCGAUCAAGCAAAAGUUAGAGGAAGCUAUCUCUCGGGGCCAGCUUCCUUCUUUCUGCCAAAACUGUGGUGCCAUACAGACACCGACCUGGCGAAAGAUAUGGAAGCAAAUUCAUGCGGGAGUACCUGAGCAAUACGAAUUCUCAGGGGAGGCUGGCCACGUUACUGCAAUCAAUAUUCUUAAGCGAGAUGAUGAAGGCAACGCGACCUCGUAUGAAAUGAUAAAGAAAUCAUUGGCGGCAAACGAGAAUAAGAACGAGUGGACUGAAAUACUACUCUGCAAUCCUUGUGGCAUUUGGUUUAGCAAAUUUAAGGGUCACAGACCGGCGGAAAAGUGGGAAAAGGACGAGCAGAGGCUAUCACAAACGCGGAAGAAGAGGGCCAAUGGCUCUGGACCUUCGCGUUCAAAGAAGGCCCGCACUAAGAGCGAUUCUCAACCGAACCUGACUUCCGAGGCAUGUCUGCCAACGGAUCCUAUCGAACCACCGAAUGGCCCCACAUCUUUACAGGACUUGAUAACGAAAGCCCCAAAUCACGAAAAGAAUUCAACUAGGGGAUGUGAGGGGGCAGACUUGGAAGUGAUCUGUCGAGGCUCGACGCAUUCUCGGGGAAGUGGUACUCCGGGAAGCCCUAUUACUCUUGAUAACGAUCUAGGAGGUACUCGUCGGCUGCUAUUCCCAUCUCCACGAAAAGAUGGAGAGCAGAGAAUCUUGGGUGAAGUUGCCGUCAAUAUCGUGCAAACUUCCUCUGGUUUCAAUGCCAAAGGCGAACGCCCACUAGACAAAGAAAACAACCCAGCAACCAAUGAAGAGUUGCCAACAGAUUAUGACAUGUCCGAUAUAUUCGGCACCCCACUUCGACCAUCUACACCACCUCCUAAGGUCCACAGCAGUGGUCCUUUUAAGACUCCCACACGUCCGACCCCGAGCCAUCGACCAAUCACUAGAAGCGUUACUAGGUCUAGACGCUCGGUGAGGUCCGUUGUCUCCCCAAGUCAUUUCCUAACAAUGGAGCAAAGCCCGAGUCGAAGCCCCGGUUCCCAUGUUAGACGUGAUUUGUCGAACGACUUAAUGCCGUCUCACCUAUUUGAUGGCCAGGUCUUCGAUUCGCCGUUAUCGAGAUCUAUCAAUGAGCUAAUAUCUGAAGCUAACAACUUCGUUAUGCCUCAUUCAUCGUCCCCUCACUUUGAGAUGGAUUACAACAAUUUACUGCCAAUUGAUGGCAACGAUAUCCAGCCUCAUGACUUCGGUAGUCUACUUAACGUGAGUCUAUUCGGGUCACAGACGCCUGGGAAAAAUCGAUAUGAAAACAAUACAAAUUUAGGUGGCGAUAUGAGUUAUCAAAACGACAACCAGCCGACUAGCGGCAUGAAUAUGCUAGACUGGGAUGUCGAGCAACAAGAUAGCCAUUGAUUCUUGCAUUUACGCAUUAUGACAGCCUUGUGUUAAUACAUACAUACGACUUUUCAGGGCAGGCGUUAGGACGAGAUUUAUUGGCAUCACAACAAUGACCCCGGUUUGGGGUCUUUUUCC